CGCAAAUAUUUGUAUAUAAAAUUUAAGAAAAAAAUUCAUUAUUGUUCAAUAGUUAUAGCGAUUUUUGCGAAGAGUCUCAUCUUUUCUGGCCAUAGGUUAGUAUUGACUUCUAGAAUUCAGAAUCAAUUUAUAUCUAUUGUGCUAAUGAGGAUCUUGUUAUUUUCUCAUUAUUUUGCUAAUCUUUGUUUUUAGUAACGAUCUGCUAAUUAUUACUUUCAUUAAAUUUCAUCUUGUCAUCUUGGUGAUCUUUUAAUUAUUUGAUAUUCGAGUUGAAGAGAGCUGAUUUUUUCCUAGUAUAAAAUCCUUAUAAAUAUUGGUUAUUAUCCAAUUUAUUUCAUUACAAGCUUUGUAGCUUUCCCAUUGUUUUAUUCAUUGGUUUAUCCAUCUCCUCGAAAGUUUCAACAAUUGUUCCAAUAUGAUCGCUUCGUGCGAAUCAGCGAUUCCAAAUAAAAGGAGUGUCGUUUUCUUGCAAAAUGAUAAAAGUGAAUAUGUGAAAUUAAAUGUCGGUGGACUUUUAUUCCAAACAACGGUCGUAACUCUCACCAAAUUCGACACGAUGUUCAAGGCUAUGUUUUCUGGUAGAAUGGAGGUCACCAAGGAUUCUGAAGGUUGGAUUUUAAUAGACAGGAAUGGUGAGCACUUCAGAACUAUUUUGAAAUAUCUUCGAGAUGGAUCAGUGUCAUUACCAAAGAAGAUGAAAGAUCUUAAAGAUUUACUGGCCGAAGCUCAAUACUAUUUAAUCGAAGGAUUGAUCGCUCCAUGUGAAUCAAGAUUAGAGAGGUUAAAGGCUGAGCCAAACACGCGAGUACGAAUGUUUUUAUCACCAGAAAAAGAAGCAAAAUUCAUUGCAAACUCGAAGAAACCAAUUGUUAAACUCUCAACAAAUCGACCCGUGAAUGAUGGUUAUGACGAGGAAUUAGAACUAAAUCUUCUUAGAAAUCGAGAGCUUUUCGAAAAGUUAUGUCUUAAAUGCAGCCCACGAAUAAUCUUCGUCCUAAAUAAAAAGACAACGAAUCAGGUUUGCUGUUGGUCAUUUUAUAACGAUGGCGAGAAAAUUUUAGAUGUUAAUUGUGCGCCGUUGAGCACAAAAGUCGAAUUUCUGAGGUCUAAAAUAUAUGAAGAAGUGCUAUACUUAUCGCUUCGGGUUGUUAAUAAAGUAGCUGAUGAUUCUGAAGAUGGUUCGACUGAUGAAGAUGAUUCAAGUGAAGAUGAGGAAUGAGAAAACUCUUGGUACAGUCCGACACACAAGGAAAUCGAAUCCGAAAAACAAUAAAGCGAAAUCAAGACAAUUUUGGUGACUCUCUUCAUAAUUUGUGUCCUUUGAUUCAAUUUGUCUUAUAAAUAAAUUCAAGAAAUCGAUUGUCCCUUCAAAAAUACAGAGAAUAAAGUUAUUAGUA